GAACCCGGAUCCUCAGAGUUUAGAACAAGACGGAUUGAACGCGUUUGGGGAGCCCCUCGUUAUAUUAUAUUAUUUAAUACUGUAUUAUAUUACAUUACAUGACGUUAUCAAAUAUUUCAGGAGCGACUGACAAAAACAAACCGGAGAGUUAGUUGUUUUAGCGGAGGCUCCGGUAAACCGAGGGGGAGGGGCCGGAAGCGGCGUGGGCAGGCUCCCCGCGUGUCACUGCCUGCGUCACGGCGGACGCCGGGAGGGAGUUUUCCACUGACGGAAGAGGCUGAGCCGCUCCAGACAAGAGAGGAGCUUCAGCCGGUACGCCGCUCGCCCCACAGCACAGACGCUCACUCCCCCACACACACACCACCAGUAUUUAUAACACUUAGCACGAAAAGGAGCCGCUUCGCGAAGAGGACGAGCGAAUAUUGGCGCCGUUGGGAUUACUACUUUCUUCUUCGUGAUUUUGCGGCUGUGUCAUCCAUGGUGACCGGAUACGUGAAUCCGUGAUCGUCCACGUUAUCGCCAUGAGUGGACUUCUCAAGAGGAAGUUUGAGGAGGUGGAUGAGGACCCAUGCUACACCUCCCCCUCCUCCCUCUCUUCCUCGGCCUACUCCGGAUGGGACUCGGAGGGCGAGAGCUGCUACUCGGACACCCUGGACUCCACGCCCAGCAACCCCAGCUCCCCGGCCACCAACUUCAGCACCACAUCCGUCCUGAAAAAAGCCAAGAGGGCGCGGCAGGGCAAUGUGACCUUUGACCAGGUCACAGUGUUCUUCUUCCCAAGGUGCCAGGGCUUCACCAGCGUGCCAAGCCGGGGGGGCUGCUCUCUGGGCAUGGUGCAGCGCCACAGUGCCCUCCGCACCUACACCCUGGCUGAGUUCGCUGUGGAGCAGCGGCUCCUGAGGCGGGAAAAGCUCCUCAACAGACUCAGGGAAGAAAAACUGGAGGCUCUAAAAUUGAAGCUGACCAAGAACGGAACCCAGGAUUGUGAGGAGGCAGAGCGGCUGACGGUGGACGACAUCCCCGAGGAGGACAUUGACCUGAGCGGGGCCAACCUCGACGAGGGCUCCUUCCUCCACCCGUACCCAUCCAAGAGGCGGCACGCACUGCUCAAAGCGGCCGGCAUUAAGAAGAUCGACAAAGAGGAGAAAAGGCAGCUCCAUGAGCUGAGGCUCUCCCGGGAGAACUGCGGUUGUGACUGCCAGGGUUUCUGCGAGCCCGAGACCUGCAGCUGCAGCCUGGCCGGCAUCAAAUGCCAGAUGGACCACUCCUCUUUCCCGUGCGGCUGCACCAAGGAUGGCUGUGGCAACACGGAGGGCCGCAUCGAGUUCAACUCCACCAGGGUGCAGACGCACUACAUCCACACCAUCAUGAAGCUGGAGCUGGAGAAGAGGCUGGAGGAGCACUCCGGCACUGAGGAAGAGGAAGACUCGGCCGAGGCUGGCCAGACCUCGGCUGCCCAGUCCGGCUUAACCUUUGGGCCCCAGGGCUUCGCCUCACAGUCGGAGCACCCUGCUAGCCCCUCCUUCCCCUUUAGCUCAGAGCUGGCGACAGCUGGAGAGAACAGUUGUAGCAGUGACAUGACGGACUCGUCCGACUCCUCGGGUCAGAGUGAGGACUUGGAGGCGGGGGAGAGCCUGCAUGAGGAGCGCCCACGGCUGGACGUGGACGAGAGAGGCCUGAGCCGCAUCCUCAGCUUCAGCGACAAGGAUGAUGAGAACGGAGCGAAAAGUAGCAGGGGGGCCAGAGGAGAGGGGAACGGCCCUGACCAAGGCAGCUGCUGCCCGGAGACGCGCCAGGAACAAGGGCAGUCGACAACAGCAGUCAGAAGCUUCAGCGUGAUGGAUUUCCCAGACGAGAAUGACAACAUUGACGCCGCACUGCUGGACUCUGUAGACGAUCACACAGACAAUCGGGCCACGGCCAUCUCGGAACUUUUGGAUGAGAACGCCAAUCAGGGCAACGCCCUGUUUCACAGCGGCAGCGUGCCCCACACACCUUCCCCUUCCAUCGACCGCUCGGCGAGCUACAACAUGGACCUGAGCCUCUCCUCGGAGUCGGACCUCGAGUUCUUCGACGGCUUCCCUUGCCUGGGGCCCAGCUCGCUCUACAACUCCCUCAAGGAGUACGAGCACAUGGACAACUUCUUUCAGUUUCAGUUGCCUAGCUACCCCAGCCUGCCUCAGGCCAGCGACCCUGGGACCUGCCUGCUGGAGUCCCUCAUCGGCCUCUCAGAAUCUGUCCCCGAGCCGCCUGCCACUUUUACAGACAAUCAGCUGUUGGAGGAAGCCAUGAAGUUGUCUGUGAUGGAAUCUGUGAAAGUUUAACACAAACACAAAAAAAGAAGUAGUUGUGUGGACUGUGUGAGGAGACGCGCGGGGUUUAGGGGACAGCACAUGCACAUAAGAUGUCAAAUGAAACCUGUUUGACGUGGGAGGAAGCAGUGAUUAUUAUUUUUCUCCUCUUGCCUAUGAAAUGUUCAGAUUCCAGACUUGCCUUCAAAACGUUAGCAAAGCAGUCGGGGGGAAGAGGGGAAGGGGGUACUGCUGUGAGAACUGGCAGCUAGUGUUUUCACUGAAAAGGGUAAAGGCAACAAAAAAAAAAGACAAUAAAAGAAUUUGACAACCCUGAUCUGGGCCCGCGUAAACCAGUGACGGCUCUUGGGGACGCUGUUUCGACCAAGCGAGGCAUUGGGGACAUGCUGGAGACAGUGGCGACCGUCGGCGGGCGAGGUUGGGACUCUACACAGCUGAAUGUGCACCUCAGGGAUGUUUUUUUUUUUUUUUCCUUUUCUAGCUUUUGGAGGCAACGUUAUGGUGACCAUGGCUGUGAUGGUUUUAAUUUUAUUUUAUUUUAUUUUGGUAAGAAAACCCCUGUCGAAUCACAACGUAGUCGUGCUGGUGACCUCCCUGUCAGGCUCGGUACGACCAGAGAUGGCAAGGACCCCCCUCCCCCCCCCCCCCCGUGUUGAGUCUGGAAGCUACUCAGCUCUUUUCGACCUAAGAAUCCCCACCCCCAAAGGGUCUAAGAAUCCCCCUCCCACCCCCAAGGGUCUUGUGUGGUACAGAAAAGAGAAACGGAUCCCUCUCCAAGCUCCUCGAUCAGCACUUUACUUGUGAAGACGGUUGUGUGUGUGGAGAAGACGGUUGUGUGUGUGUGUGUGUGUGUGUGUGUACACAACGGCAGCAUGUCGGUGCAUCCGGGGUCGAUUCUGAACAGUGGGAGCGCUUCAUUAGAGGAGCUUCUGCUUCUAUGGCGGAAGCUUCCGGAAACAUUUCUGAGGUAACACUCAUAACAGAAAAAAAAGGCUGUAAGUGUAUUAUCAUUAACAUCUAUUUUUUUUUCAUUUUUAAAUUAUUUCCUGUAUGAUUUUUAUUAUUUAUUUCACAUAAAGUCUACUUGCAUUCAAGCAGCACUGUGGUUUUGACAUUUUUUUUUUCCACCUCCAAGUGCAAUCUCUUCCUUCCCUGUCCGUAAUCCCUUCAAGGCAUUGUCAUGGGAAAUGGGGACCACAAGUCCAUCAAAUAAAAAGAAGAUAGUAUUUAAUGUUCUGUUCUACCUUUUAUCACGUUUUGGUAACUUAUUAUGUCAUUCUGUCACUAGUUACUUAUUUAAUUUAAGACACUUUGGCAAUAAAAUGGGCUGUUGUGACGUUUACUGGAUGUGCCUGCUUCUCUGGGAGCUGUGUGUGUGUGUGCGCGCGUGUGCACACGUGUGUGCAGGCAUGCAUGUGUGUAUGCACGUGUGUGUGCAGGCAUGCAUGUGUGUAUGCACGUGUGUGUUUGUGCAGGCAUGUGUGCAGGCGUGUGCGUGCGCGUAUGCACGUGUGUGUGCAGGUAUGCAUGCCUGUGUUUGUUUGUGCAGGUGUGUGUGUGUGUGUAUGUGUGUGUGCACGUAUGUGCAGGCGUGUGUGUGUGCACGCGCACACACACGGCGCUCCCAUUUAAGCUUUGGGACUGAAAACUGUGGAAUCUCCCUAUUUGCUGAAACUAAAUUAUGGGUCUGUUGUAUUGCUGCCUAAUGUAACCAUAGAAGAAAAACUACACUAAUAUUUUGUAACUAAUUUAUGUAGGUUGAAGAAAGAAUUCUAAUCACUGACAAAUUGAUUAUUUUAUUAAGAAAGCAAAAAUGAGUAAUUUUCGAUCUGCAAAACCUUUGUACUAUAUGUCUGAGAGAGAGAGAGAUGUGUACGCAUGAAGGCUGUCGCUGUCUCGCGCUCUGAGUAUUUUUGGUGGCCGGUCUCGCGGUUGGACGUCGUAGCAGAAAACCACUGAAACCGAGUAAAUUGCAACGAUCAAUCUGAUUGUAAUCAAAACGUUUGGGAAGCCUGUGACCAGGGUCACGUCGCGAUGUAAACGAAACGUGUGUGUGUGUGGGGGGGGGGGGUGUUUUUGGGGAUGAAAACUGCAUAUAUUAUACAAUUUUUAUCACAGACCAAAAACCGGAGUUGAGGAGAGUUGCCUCGUCUUUUCUAAUCAAACGUAGACCUUCGUGUAACGGUGGUUUGCGCCGUGGCCAGUCUGCCCAGUCGAGGGACAGGAGAGUCCAUGUACAUAUUACCCCCCACCUGCCCACAGCCACUCCGGACCCUUUACAGGAGCUCUGCAUGCAGGUCCCGUUUGUUAAUAAAAGCUCUUCCCACUUAUUGUAUACUUUGAAAAGUGCAACUUGCACAUCGGAAAUGUAUUAACUUUUCGCUUUUCUGCCUUUUUUUUUUGUUACUUUUGAAAUCCACCCAAUGUAUGUUCUUGCGUGCCGCAGAGAGGGCACUGAGUUCUUUGCAAGUAAAACAUUAUCUUGUGUAAAAAAAAAAACCCAUAAAUUCUCAUGAAGAAAUGGCAACAGUGAGUAUUUAUCAAUGUAAUGUAUUACAGCUUCUUUUUUUUUUAAUUUUCAAAGAACGUGUCUUACUUUGUUGCCUUUGUGUUGUACAUACUUCUGCUUGAAUGGUUCUGCAGAGCAAUCAAAGCUGCUUUAUUUUUACAUAUUCACACUUUAACCUGCCAUUCAGAAACUUUCUUUUAUCCAAGCCAUUUUGACAGCUUGUCCCUCCAAAAAAUAAACAAAAAAAACAUUUUCUUAAAA